AUUAGAGUUAUUGUGAAAUCCUAUGCGUUAUGUGUUGUGCAGGCAUUCAAACACUACUAUAAACACUGCAAACACUAUCGACACUACAAUAACACAUCCAAAGCUGUAUUUGUUGUCGUUUUUUACACAACAAUUCACUCGUCAUUACAAUCAAAACAAAGACACAACACAUUGUCAUCACACCAUUCACUGCUUGUCCAUCACUGACCACUCAAACUGUCACCAAUGGAUUCACUGCGAGAACAAGUGAUGAUCAAUCAGUUCGUGUCAGCGGCCGGUUGUGCCCGCGAUCAGGCCAUACAACUGCUCCAAUCAACGCACUGGCAGUUCGAGACGGCGCUCAGUAUGUUCUUCCAGGAGUCCAAUGCCUGCCAUUCAAACCCACACUUUAAAGCCCGGUUUAGGGAUCAGAUAAUGAGAGGUCUUGUGUGUUGA